AUGGCAAGCUGUGAGGCAGCUAGGGGUGGUUGGAGUGUGGAAGGGCUGGUGCAUGCCUGGAGGUGUGUGUUAGGGCCUGAAGCAUGGCUAGAAGGUGUUGGCCUUGGUGUGCAACGUGGGCUCAAAGUGGAGGCAUGGAGGUGUUGGGCCAGGAGCUCGAGAAACGAGGCACUAGGCCUUGCUUUGGAGUUGAGCGGAGUUGGGCCAACGUGCGAUGUGGGCUUGCGUUGGGCAAGCUGUGGCCACGUGCACUGGUGCUGGAUUGAGAGGGCCAGGUGGAAGGAAUGGGCCACAUGCGCUAAAUGGGCCUGGGAGGGUUGGAGCGGAGUUGAUGGGUCUGGCAGGGUGAGCGCUAGGAGGAAGAGGUGUGGCUGGGCUGGAGGAUCGAGCUGGGCCUUCGCGUUGGUAGGGCCUGGAGAAGAGGUGGCAGAUUGGGCUGGAGCAUCUGCUGGGCAAGGUGACGUUGGUGAUGGUCCACUUGUUCCCAUCACUUAUUGCAACACGGAUGACAUCAGCAAGAAAUUGGAAUUUGGACAGGACAUGGCUAAGGUCUGUCGUGCUUUGAACAUCCCUCUAAGGUUUCUCAAGUGGCGCUGGCUGUUGAGCGAGUACUGGGAGAAAGACAGUGGUCUGCCCCCUGCCAAGGAUGUCGAGAGAAAGGCUGCUGCCAAGUCCUCAAGAGAUGAAGCUACUUCUUCGCAGACGAAGAAUAUGUCUCCAUUGAGGAAGAAGCCAAGGUUCUCUUCUGCUGAGAAGACUCAAGUAGGGUCUACUCCAUCAUCAUCUACUAGGGUCAAACAUCUUGUGGGUGCAGAUAGCACGAAGGUUGGUGGUAUGCUCGGUGUUCAGGGUGUUUUGCCCAAGCCUCCUGCUGACAAGCUUGAAAACCAUGAUAUGCUUCGUGAGGUAGCUCGUGCCCAAUCUAGUUAUGCCGAGCGUUAA